AUGUACGUCCUGUCACUUGAAGACAUGGGCUGUUUCUUGAUUAUCUACUAUAGGUCUUUUGUAGAAACAGAGAAAUGUACAGCGAAAUGUCAAAAUGUCGAGGAAACAGGAAUUGGUACUUUUUUCAUUUCUCGCUCUCUCAUUCACACUGUCCCUCGCGUUCGUCUAUUUUUCUUCGCUCUUUCCUUUCUCUCUUACUUUUUGUCUCGUUCAUAUAGUCUCACUUUUUUGUCCACUCUCUCUCUUUCAUAUUUCUCUAUCAUCUUCAAACAUUUUUUCCUCCAUUCUCUCUCUCUCUCUCUCUCUCUCUCUCAUCUCUCACAAGCAAAUCUCAUAGUCUUUCCUUAUUAUUCGGCUAUUUUGCAUUCUCCUUAUUGCUAUUAUAGAUUUUCGCAUUUAGCAAUGACAUUCUUUCUCUUCUUUCACAUACAUUUUCCUUCUUCCUCUCUCUCUCUCUCUCUCUCUCUCUCUCAAUCACUCUCUCUCAGAUUGCCUUUCCCAAUCGAAAAUUUUCCCUUUAUCUCUCGCUAUUGUAGUCUUUCGCAUCUGGUAAUUACAUUCUAUCUAUCUAUCUAUCUAUCUAUCUAUCUAUCUAUCUAUCUAUCUAUCUCACGCUAA